UAUACAAUUAUCGACAUUUACUUAUAUGACGCCCACUUCCCUUAGAGUUUUCAGUCUUGUUUUUGCUCUUCAAGGAAUCAGUUCGGAUAGGAAACAAAUAACACAAAAACAUCCGAAAUGAGUAGUUCAUCAGUACAGACCGCACCUUGCAUUGGGAUCAUGUGCAUCGACGUGGCGGUGUGGCUGCAGGCCCAGUAUGGCAAGAAGUGGCACAACUAUUUGGCCGCCUCAUAUGUGAAGCACUUGGAGGCCGUGGGGGCCCAUGUUGUGCCCGUCUGGAUUGGUCGCGACCGCUCCUACUACGCUACGCUGAUGGAUCAACUCAAUGGCAUCCUCCUGCCCGGCGGGGCCAUCUAUAUCGAUGAGGCCGACGUCCAGUCGCGACCCGACCUGACAAAUGACUGUGUGCGGACCGCGGAGAUUAUCUACCAGCUAGCCAUGGAGCGGAAUAAGAAGGGCAGCGAUCCCGAGGAAUACUUUCCACUGUGGGGCACCUGUCUCGGGAUGCAGCUGCUGCUCAUCAACGCGGCCCAGAACAGGAAACUAAGUGCAAACCAGGUGCGCACCAAGUGUCAGCGAAUGAAAAAAGCCCUGUCCGUGUGCUUCACUGAGGACUACCGCAACUCGAAGAUCUUCGUGAACUUGCCAGAGGGAUGCUUCGCCAGCCACCAUCACGGAUACUGCAUCACCACGGGUAGCCUGAAGGAGUAUGGCCUUGACACCGACUGGCAGGCACUGGCCCUGCAAAAGGAUCCAGCUGGCUACGAGUUCAUCACUUUCAUCAAGCACAAGGACUUCCCCAUCUUUGCAUCUCAGUUCCACCUGGAGCGGUCCGCCUUUGAGCAGCUUUACUCCCGCGAGGACACCUGUAGCGAGACCCACUCCCGGGAGAGCAUUCAGUUGGCCGAGCGUCUGUUCAGCCCCUUCGUCGACGCCUGCCGCAUCAACAAGAACCGAUUUGCCAGCGCUGCAAUCAAGUCGCGUCAUCUCAUCUGGAAUUUUCAGCCGGUGUUCUGUGGCAAGCACGAGAAAUCCGACUGGCUGCAGUGCUACCUCUUUGAGAAGAAUGUGGAUUACCCGAAAGAAGAAAGCAUUGGCGAAGUGGGUGAAGAGUUGAAAGAGAAAUAAUCGAUGCGAUAAUUUUAUUAAAGCUGACCAAAUAAUAAAUUCAUAGAGUGCUAAACGUUGA